AUGUGGUCCAACAGAACGGUGUACCCCGGACAUAGCUGGCUUUAUGCUCUGUCAACAAGUUUUUGCACAAAUAUCCAACACACCAAUGGUAUGCAAAAUUUUUUGACACAAAUGCCGCCAGAUAAUUGUUGUAUGAUUAACCAAAGCAGAUUUUAUGUCAAAAUGAUGCACAGUGCUACCCAUUUGGCAAAUGCAUACGUUUUAGCUGGUAUGGCUCUUGUCAGUACGGAUCAGUUGGAUGGAGGAGUAACUCCUGGUUUAGUAAACAAUCAAUGUUACAAUGACGCCGAUUGUUCUCAACAUUUUCAUUGUGUCAAUAGAAAUGGCAUAAGGACAUGUCAGACGAUAUCCGAAAUGCUACAAUACAAAACAUGCCAAAGUGAUGCGGAUUGCGAUAUAGCACAGAUAUGUUCAUUCAGUAAGCAGUAUAAUACCAAUUUAUGUGUAACAACACCUGAAUAUCGAACCAUUAAGAUGGUUCCAUCUUGGAAUGUUAAUAUUGGGGGCGGUGUGAUUCCAUCGAGUCUGAUAGGUAAGGGUGCUAUUUCAAAGAAGUUUGAAGUACAAUGUACCGCUGAUUAUCAGCUUCAGUGCUCUGUUUUUGAAACCUGCGCAAAAAAAAGUAUCUCAGCUGAUCGCAUUUGUAUUUACAAUCCGACAGCAAGCAAUCGACAAUGCCGUUUUAACGCUGACUGUCAGUCUGGACAGCGUUGCGAAAAAGUUUUAGAGAGUCUCUAUUUCUGUAGAGCUGCAAAGCAGACGACGUUCAUGCAACCAUGCACUUAUGAUUACGAAUGUUCAGGCGAUCAGCGUUGCAUCAAUGUCAAUAUCAGUAACGUUGCCUUCUUUCAACAAGUCUUUGGAUCGACGUGGGUUAGUUGUACUUCUUUGGGAUGGGAAUUAAUCGUUCUAUCGAAUGAAUUAGGCUUGAUUCGUUAUUCGGGUCUUGGUCUGGAAUGUUUGUUCCAGACAAUGUUGACUUUGAUACAGUGA